AUGGUUGAUACCGUAUUUCCUGAGCGUGAGGAACAACCAAGUGCGUUUUCUGAAUCCCUCAGCGACGAAUGCAAUAAGCUUCAGACCACCGAGGCAAAUCAAUCUGUUGUGCCUUCCUCAAAGAAAAGGAAAAGGAAACAAUUUGCAACCAAAACAACAUUUGACGAGCAUGGUGCUGCGCAUACCACACCACUUUCCUCUCAAGAAUCCAGUGAUUCGAAUCUAAAGUACAUCGUAUUUGUGGGCAACAUGUCAUAUGAUGUCGCAGCCGAUGAAUUAGCGAAACAUAUGGAAGAAACUUGUGGCGAAAAACCCAAAGUCCGCUUGCUCACCAAAAAAGCAGAUCCUGCCUUGCAUGAAAAGCUGUCAAAUUCGAAAAAAAAAUCCAUUGCGAAAGGGAAAGCCAGGGAUCCAUCGGCACCUGUUUCAAGAGGUUGUGCGUUUGUUGAGUUUACAAAUGCCAACUCAUUACAGAAAGCAUUGCGAUUCCAUCAUACUAUGUUUCGAGGUCGACAAAUCAAUGUCGAACUCACUGCCGGUGGUGGCGGCAAGAGCGAACGCCGCACAGAAAAAAUCAAGGCAAAGAAUGCAGGGCUUGACAAAGAGCGUCGCAAACUGUUUGAGAAAUAUGUUAAACCAGGUGCGGAGGCACACAAACAAAAACAGCUAAAGGGGCAAGAUGGCCAGCGCGCAUCUACCUCAGCUGAAAACUCAGAUCGAUCUACCUCGAGCAAAUUCAAGUAUGCUAGCGGUGCUAAUGCUGUACGAUUGGGAUAA